GACACGGUCUCACUCUGUAACUGACUAGGGGCUGUUUGGCUCAGACAAAUCCUCCUGCCUCAGACCCUGACUGAAUCAACUACAAGCACGAGCCAACGCCUGGCGAUGGGUUAACUGUUUUGUAACUCAAAUCCUUGGUUUGGGCUCGCGCAGGAAUAGGCAAGGGCGCAGGGGUGACCUCCAUCCCUGGGAGGGAUGAGGAUCCGAAGCAAGCGGCCCUGGAGGGGUUUCUGCGGGAGUAUUCCACGAGGACUCCGUUAACCUUCCCCACUCGGUCCGGCUUGCACUGUGGCAGCUCUAUCCUUCCCGAUGACCCCGGGACCGGCCUGGCGUCCCGAGUCUCGCACACCCGCGCCUUCUUAGCCCCGCCAGCCCGGAGAUCCAGCAGAGGACCAACCUCCUCGCGACAGGAGGCCCAAACGCGUCAGAACCGGGAGCCUCGCGCAUGCGCAGGAUCGCAGGCUCCGAGUGCCGCCAAAGGAACGCGGCAGAGCCUCCUGUCCCGGAAGUCGGCCUGUCCCUUUGCGCCCGUGCAGAUCCACCCUCUCUUCUAGCGACCAAUGGGGCCACAGGCCCCGCCCCUGGAGACUCGGGCCCCGCCCCUAGAAACGCGCCGCGGCGAAGGCCUCUCCCGCUAGCUGAGUGUACAAGGGGGCGGCUGGUCCCGCGGCCCCGCGGCCACCAUGAAGCUAACGCGAAAAAUGGUCCUGUCCCGAACCAAAGCUUCGGAGCUGCACAGCGUGCGGAAGCUCAACUGCUGGGGCAGCCAGCUCACAGAUAUUUCCAUAUGCCGUGAGAUGCCCAGCCUGGAAGUGAUCUCACUCAGUGUCAACAGUGUCUCCACCCUGGAACCUGUACGUGGCUGCCGACGCCUGAGCGAGCUGUACCUGAGGAGGAACAGUAUCCCCAGUCUGGAUGAGCUGUUCUACCUGAAGGAUCUACCACACCUCAGAGUGCUGUGGCUGGCCGAGAACCCGUGCUGUGGCACCAGCCCGCACCUUUACCGCAUGACUGUACUGCGCAACCUACCCCACCUGCAGAAGCUAGACAACCAAGCUGUGACCGAGGAAGAGCUGACUCGCGCACUGAUGGAGGGAGAUGAGAUCACUGCUGCCCCAGACAGAGAGGGUGCAGGCAAUGGCUGUCCCAAGCCCUCCUACACCCUCAGCUCUGUCAGCUCGACAACUGAGACCAGCCCGGGCCUGCUGAGCUACACAGAGGAAACAGACAGAACCCCAGGCCAGACUGCUGGAGACCAUCCUCCUUCCUUCUCACAGAGGGAUGCCCUGAGGAGUCACAAGAGUAGGAACAUCCUGACUGCCAUCUUACUGCUCCUGCGGGAACUGGACACGGAGGGGCUAGAGGCUGUCCAGCAGACUGUGGGCAGCCGGCUACAGGCGCUGCACAGGCUGGAGCCCCAGGACAUGGAGUGACUUCAUAUGCCCCAGUCCCUGGACCCUGCAUCCUGUGGAAAUACAGCUCAACCUGGAAAGCCUCCCUCUGGUUCCCAACACCAGGCCCGGGGAGGAACAGGGACUGCCUGCUGGGCAGACCCCUCUCCUGUGCCUAGGGCUGGCGGAGGUGCUGCCCGUCAGCAUGGUCCCUUACAGCUGAGACCUUGAGGAUCUGGGCACUGCCUGACCCUUCUCAAGGGGGACUGUACGAGCCAUGUCCUCCAAUAAAGCACUUUGUUUGGGCUGGAAGCCAGCAUCUCAGUGACAGGCAGGGCCUUGCUGUUUCUCAGCAACUAUGGGGGAGCCCUGAUGUCCCCGUGUCAAGCCUGUCCUCAGGGAGGUGGCCUGAAAUGGUCUUACAAGACAUUGUGUCCCAGAUGUCCUUAGAUACCGUAGCCUAGGAGAACGGAUUCCUCUCAGGACAAGGAUGGGCAGACACUGUCCUUUUUAUUUCUUCUUCAGGAGAGGGAUGUCACCCAGAUAGAGUAAUUGUUGGGGACAUCCAGAGAUGAUCAGCAUUCUGAGGUAUCAGAUGCCAUCAAUAAAGCUGUCUUUGUUAGAACAGCUGGGGUAGGGCCAGUAACUUACCCACUAGGCAGGGGGGCCUUGGGGUGAGCUUACACCUGCCACGAGAGAAUAGAACCAAGAAAGAUAUUGAGAUUAGCAUAUAUAGAACAAUGAGCAAAAAGUCUGGAACCACGACCACCACCAUGGUACGGGCAGACGUGGCCCAAGAAGCCUGCUGCAUACAAUAGCCGACCCUAUAGGUGACCUGUAAGGGUCUUACUGCUGAAAGUUCAGGACCACUGGGACGUUGCUCCUCUGGUCCACCUCCAAUCUUGGGAGUACUUUCUCUCUUAAUAAACUGUUUCUGUCAGUA